CCUUGAACACCCAGCCGGUGGAUAUAAGAAAGUCUUUGAGUCUUGUGAAGAGUUAGCAGAACCCAUUCCUGCUCAUGUCUCAGGUGAAAUUCCAGCAUGGCUGUCUGGCAGUUUGCUCCGUAUGGGCCCUGGGCUCUUUGAGGUUGGAGAUGAACCAUUUCAUCAUCUUUUUGAUGGCCAGGCUCUCAUUCACAAGUUUGACCUAAAGGAUGGACGUGUUGUUUAUAAUCGCAGGUUUAUCAGAACUGAUGCUUAUGUGAGAGCCAUGACUGAGAAGAGAGUUGUGAUCACAGAGUUUGGCACCACUGCAUAUCCCGAUCCAUGCAAAAACAUAUUUUCCAGAUUUUUCACUUACUUUCAAGGAAUUGAGGUGACAGACAAUUGCCUUGUGAACAUUUACCCCAUUGGUGAAGACUUCUAUGCCUGCACUGAAACCAACUAUAUAACCAAAGUCGAUCCUGAGACCCUGGAAACAGUUAAAAAGGUGGACCUCUGCAAUUAUCUGUCAGUUAACGGUUUAACAGCACAUCCACACAUAGAAGCAGACGGUACUGUAUAUAACAUUGGAAACUGCUUUGGGAAGAACAUGUCGCUGGCCUACAACAUUGUCAAGAUCCCUCCACUACAAGAAGAUAAAUCCGAUCAGUUUGAGAAGUCAAAGAUUUUGGUCCAGUUUCCAAGCAGUGAGAGAUUUAAACCAUCCUACGUUCACAGCUUUGGCAUGACAGAGAACCACUUUGUGUUUGUUGAGACUCCGGUAAAGAUCAAUCUGCUGAAAUUUCUCACUUCCUGGAGCAUCAGAGGGUCAAAUUAUAUGGACUGCUUUGAAUCCAAUGACAAAAUGGGAACAUGGUUUCAUCUGGCAGCCAAGAAUCCCGGCAAAUACAUAGACCACAAAUUCAGAACAUCUGCCUUCAAUAUUUUUCACCACAUUAACUGUUUUGAAGACCAAGGCUUUAUUGUUGUUGACCUGUGCACAUGGAAGGGCCAUGAAUUUGUGUACAAGUAUCUAUAUUUGGCAAAUCUGAGGCAAAACUGGGAGGAAGUCAAAAAAGCAGCCAUGAGAGCUCCACAGCCGGAGGUGCGCAGAUACGUGCUUCCACUGGACAUCCACAGGGAAGAGCAAGGGGAGAACUUGGUUUCUCUUCCAUACACCACAGCCACUGCCGUCAUGUGCAGUGAUGGAACCGUUUGGCUCGAACCCGAGGUUCUUUUCUCUGGACCACGUCAGGCUUUUGAGUUUCCUCAGAUAAACUACAGCAAAUUCAAUGGGAAAAAUUACACCUUUGCCUAUGGACUCGGACUGAACCACUUUAUUCCAGACCGGAUUUGCAAGCUGAAUGUGAAAAGUAAAGAAACAUGGAUCUGGCAGGAGCCGGACGCCUAUCCUUCUGAACCACUGUUUGUACAAAGCCCUGAUGCUAAAGAUGAAGACGAUGGUGUUCUUUUGAGUAUUGUAGUGAAACCUGGAGUUUCUCAGAGGCCGGCGUUUCUCCUCAUCCUCAAAGCCACUGACCUGACUGAAAUAGCACGUGCGGAGGUUGACGUCCUCAUUCCUGUCACUCUCCACGGCAUCUACAAACCUUAGAGGAUCACAGUCGUGACGUUAUAUUUCAGUACUAUCAAAUAUGCUUUUUAUUUCAUACUUGUUUGAAAUGGGCCAGUUAUAUGAUCUGAUAUGCAUAUAGCGCUACAGUUUUUUGAUUAUGUAUUCAUAAAUGUGUUAUGUAUUCACUAAAACUGUUUCUUAACCACGUUCCUGGAGGACCACCACACUGCAUAUUUUGGAUGUCUACUUUGUCACACCCAUUACAGCUCUUUCAGUCUCUGCUAAUGAGCUGAUAAUCUGAAUCAGGUGUGUUUGGCUAAGGAGACAUGGAAAAUGUGCAGAACUGGUGGUCCUCCAGGAUCGUAGUUGAGAAACACUGCUCUAAAAGCAUCAAAACAUUUUUCCGUCAUGAACAAUCAUUUAUUAAAAAGUAAAAUUCUGUACGUACAAAUUAGUUUGGUUUACAUCAGCCGGAAAACAAAACAAUAAGCCACUGCUGCUAAUUAUAGGAAUAUUCAAAUGAACAUUUU